AUGCGGGGAAAGAAACGAUCACGGAAAGGCUGCCCAGAAUGCCGCAGACGCAAGAUCAAGUGUGACGAGCAGCAACCCCAGUGUGGUCACUGCCGGAAGGCGAAUCGCAAUUGUCGAUUGCAAGAUUCGAUAUUCAGGCAACACGAACUAUCGAUUCGGUUCGAUGACCCGGUCCAAGGUGACCAAGAAGAUGCCAACAACGUGACUGCCACAUCGGAGACGGCGUCAAGUGCCCCACUUCAGAAUGAUGACGCCGUGAGUGCAGUGAACUUACCUGCGUCUGGUUCACGAGUCAAUACUAGCGUCUAUCGAGAAGAAACAAUCGAUGCAGACAACGCCCGCAAUGACAGUGAACCGGGGACUAUUGACGGAGCCGGAGAAGGACAACCCUCGCAGGCUACUGACGACCCGCACCUGGAACAAGACAAUCUAAGUGUGGGAUUCGAAGUUCAUCUCGAAGGCUCGCCUGCACAGCUUGAAGCAUCUGCGGUUGACCCUCUCAGAAAUACUCAGGAAGAACUAUUCCUCCUUAGACACUACUCAGAGUGCAUAGCCCCAUGGAUGGACCUGCUUUAUCGUUAUGAAGUCUUCAGCCGGGAAGUUUUGACCUUAGCCCGAGACCGCCCGAUACUCCGCUACGCAGCCUGUGCCGUUGCCGCCAAACAACUUGGCCAGAUGCGAAGUCCCUUGUCAACAAUUAUUACCGGCAAGACUCAACAGGGCAUUGCUGCUAAACUCCAGCGCGGUCCAUUGGGGCUGAUGUGGUAUGGGGCGAAAUACUAUGAGAAGGCGAUACAAACGCUAGUGAAGUCAAUCACUUCAGAACACCCCGCCCAGAAUUAUGCCUCACCGCCGACGUCACUGUCGCAGGGGAAUCUGAUGAUACGAGCAGAUGGAGAGGACCCCAUCGUAAGACUCCUCGGGACUUGCAUCAUAAUUCAGUAUGAGCAAAUAAGUGCGAAUAGAGACGCGUGGUCUGGCCACUUGUUCGGUUUCUCCAAGCUGCUCGAUCUCAUUGACGACGGACGGCUACUCCAUCCUGACCCAAUGUUCGAGGCAGUCUAUCCGUUUACCAAAGACAUCAUGCAAGUCAAGGCCGGAUUUUGGAACUUUGUGGUGAACGAUCUAGAGGAAUCCUUCGUAUCACACAGAAGGACACGUAUCGAUACGGAGAAUCUCGCUCUCUGGCGUAACAUGGGUCUUUUGAUUGAAGAUAAUGGGAGUCUGACCACAGGCGCUAGCCCAAACAGCUUUGCAAACACAGCGGAACACGCGAGGGAUAAGGCUUUAUCCUACACUCUGAUACGAUACUUGUGCAAACUGAUCAACUAUCUAGCACCGUCGUCGCAUCUCGAUACAAUGCUGAUUCAACCAAGAUUGGCUUUCAUGUCACUUGAAGACCAUUUCCAAGCCUGGUUUCAGACAAUAUCCCCGUCUUUCCUUGCGGACGGCACUUUCUUCACGGAUAGGGGUUCAAGCGAGGCCGCACCCGACCUCUUCAGUCGUGAACUUUGGUUCAGCAACGACCUAUGUGCUACCACGAUGAUGUACUAUCACAUGGCAUGCAUGCUUCUGCUGAUUCACCGUCCAUCAGAACUGCUUCCGGGAGACGCUGCCGUCGGAGGUCGUACCUCGUUUGAUCUUUUGCGGGCGUUUCGUGACGUGGAACAUAAACUACAAGGCCACGCGUCCGAGGUCAUCUCCAUUAAUCCUUCAUUCGUUCUCAAAGACAUCAAAAAGGUCGUCAUCGAAGACAGGCCCAAGCCUCAACUCAAAGACGGCCAUGAUGUUCUCGUCCAUGUCUCACAGACCGGUAUCUGCGGUAGCGACGUCCACUACUGGCAACGGGGCCGGAUUGGCGAGUACGUUGUCAAAGGCCCAUGGUCCUCGGCCACGAAUCCUCAGGCGUCGUAG